AUGUUAAAACCAUUCAUUGCAUUUACAAACACCGAUGUGACUCGACUAUAUAAUAAUGCUGAAAAAACAAAUCGUGUCAUUGCAUAUUUAAAACAAAACGAAUUGAUUGAUUCAAUUAAAGAUUUAUUUGUGUCCAAUAUUCCAACUAAAAAGACAAUUAAACCAGAAAUUGGCUAUUUAAAGAUGUUUCCUGUUUCUAUGUCCGCAUCAGAAGCAUCUUCUUUUGAAACUAAACUUCGAAAAAAAGUUGGGAUUGGAUUAGAUGAAUAUGUUGACAAAAUUUUGAACAAUGAAACAUCAUCAACAAGAAGUCCAAUUGUUAAUAAUAUAUUUAACACAGCACAUCACAAUUGGUUAUUAAAUCGUCAUUGGUAUGAAAAAAUCAAAGAAGGAGAAAUCACAGUGUAUUUUCAAGACAAAGUUAAAUGUCCAGAAGAGAAAAUUAGUCCUAUAGUAGUGGCUUUGACCACAGUGUCAAACGAUGAUGUGACCGAUUCAUUUGAUCAACCACGUUCCAAUUUGACUCCUUCUCAACGAACAAACAAUGAAUUAAAACGUUUAGGUACUAAACGACAAAAUCAAACAACUAACGAACCACCAGCCAAACGACAACGAAAACCGAAACGUUUUCCUGAUGAUGACUUAUAA